CAUAAACAAAGGUUGUUGUUUUUUUUUCCUGCGAAUUUCCACUAAAAUUUUGAGAAAUAAUAUCUUCUCGUGAGUCUGUUAAGAGUUGGUGCUACUGACAAUAAGGCGUAUGGCGUCCAAUAAAACCAGGAAGCAGCUUAAGCCUCAACUGAGUAGUUAAAAAGAACAAAUAAUAACAAAAAAAUUCAAGUUUAUGUAUAAUGAGUGGACAUGGUAGAAGAUCCCACAAAAGGAAAGUGGAGGAACUACAGGAUGAAGAUCACAGAUCCAGCAGUGUGGCAAGAGAAGACAGGAAUGCCAGUGAUGUCCCAGAGACUCCUACAAUACUAACACUAACAAAGGAUGACUUCGCAAGAUUAAACACUUUGAAGUCAGAUGAAUGUGAGGAAGAUGACACCAGUGAAGUGUCUCAAGAGGAAGUCCAUGAGGAUGGGACGAUUAGCCAGGGCACCAUGUGGAGAGGGGAUGCUGCAGAGACCCUGGACACAACAACACAGGUAUUCUUAAGAUGCAGAAGAGAGUCAAACAAUGAAAACUUCGACUGCGAGACCCAAACAGUUCACUUCAGACCAUUGAUAGAAGACACUGGAGGGGCUUCCGAGGGUUCCAAGAGAGCUACCCUAGCGACCCUUAAUCUCAAGACGGUCAAGGGGGAACAGUACUCGGAGAAGGGGUCUGCUAAUGCGAUAAAGAAGUGUUGCAUCGAAGACUGUGAGUCGAGAUCAGACAGAACAGAAUCUAGUGUUACAUACCUCCCUGUUCCCAGUGAUGAAAACAGUAGAAAGCUAUGGACUCAGAUGCUGGACAUAUCACAACACAGCAAGAAGAGUUCCCAGUUAUACAUGUGCAGUUUACAUUUACUCAACCCAACCAAGUUAACAAAAACCAAAGGAAGAACCAGAAAGAAAAAAACCUGUGAUAUGCUUUUGGCUGAGGAAGCAGAGAAAAUCAAGAUGGGCUUAGCCAGCGGAAGACCUAAGAGAACACCAAAACCAAACAAGAACUAUGACUGGGCAGAGUUAAUUCCAUUCAUCAAGUCAGAACCACAGGAGGAAGAAGAAGUAAGCCUAGAAAGUAGUCCAGGUGCUUCGUUGCAACCUUCAGGUGGCCUGGCUGGACGGAGGAGAAAACAGCUGCUUUCGAGCAUUAAGAAGGAAGACAAAGAAAAUGAAAGACCAGGCGAGGCAGAGGAACUGGAAGAGAUGAAUGUCUGCGAGAGUGAACCGGAAGAUUACGGAGAGAAUGUGAGCCAGCCCAGUCAGCUGAGAUUUCCUCCGCCCAAGCCAAAAGGAAGGCCUCCUAGGAUUAGAGAUAUAUGCACGCAGACAGAUGCUAUGCGCACUUCAACCACAAGACAGCCUUUGCGGGAAGUGAAAGUUCAGUGUAAUCUAACUGCAGAACCUCUUCCCACCUGUCCCAGCUGUUCAAGUGUUGAUUGGCAAAGAUUGGAGGAGCUUUUAGCCGACUGUUUACCCCAGAUAGAGAGGGAGCUGUGUGACCCUCAGGUAGCAGCUUGCAUCAAGCAGGUGUUGAGUAAUAUACAAACAUCCACCCAUGCAACAAAUUUCCUACAGGUCCUCUGCGGUGGUGAAAGAGAUGAAUUAGAAAAUUCAAAAGGAAUAGUUCUUGUUUCUAGUCAGGAAGACCUUGAAGAAGUGGAAAUAGAAAAUAUGAUUCAUCCUGAAGUUGAAGCUCCAGUGUCGGGUGUAAGAGAGAUCACUCCCAAAGUCUGGAAGAGAAAGCUUCCGUUGGCAAAUGUAAAGAAAGAGGAAAUAGACGACUUGGAAGACGAUGCAGAUGACUUAGGCUUACAAGCGGCCACAGAUUUGGAUGAUGAGGAAUUUACUCCUGGACAUGAUGCUCAGGAGGAGGAUGACAAUGAGGAAAUGGAUGAUGAUGAAGACUGGAACAUCAAGAACGCCGGAGAUUCAGGAAUCAUUCCCGUUCGAAAGAGACAAAAGAGGAUACAGACCAAAAUAAAGAAAGGGCGAGAUUGUCUUGGGGGAGAAACAGAAGGACAGGAGGCAGAGAGGGAAUCAGGGACAGAUGAUAGUGAGGAGGAGGAGGAGGAGGACCUGGAGGGAAACAGUGAGAGAGAUGCUUAUGAUAGAAUGAAAAUGCACUUUUCUAAAGGUGGCAUUGUGAGGUUGAGGAAAUUUCAUGAGUUGAGGGCAAAGCAGGUAGCGAAGAAGUCGAGCAGAAAAGGAGUAGAUGACCGAUGGCUGAGGGGGAAGUACAAUUGCCCCACGUGCGACAUGGUGUUCAGCACGAGAUUAAAGAUGGAGAGGCACCACCAGCACAUUCACUUGGGUAUUGCUCCCUGGACAGGUAGCCACCUUUGCGAGGAAUGCGGAAAGACUUUCACGCAGAAAGUUGGGUUGAGAGUCCACCGAAUGCACAAGCAUGGGGACCCAAAGCAGUUCCCUUGUGGUCUUUGUAGCUAUGAGGGAGUAACAAAAGCUAAGUUAGCUCGACAUAUGAGGAGUCAUUCAGAAGAUCGAAUCUUUACAUGUGAAUAUUGUGGUUUAGCUUUGAAAACGGCAGACACAUAUAAAAACCAUAUGGCUCUACAUACUAAUGAAGGGAAAUAUCAGUGUAAUGUUUGCCAUAAGGCUUUCCAUCAUAAACAGUAUUAUGAAGAUCACCACAGAAGUCAUUUUGAUAUACGUGAUUACAAGUGUGUAAUUUGCCAAACCUCUUUCAAAACCAGCAAAUCUUUGCGUACUCACAUUAGAGGAGUUCACUUGAAUGACAAGCGUAUCGUUUGUACCAUAUGUGGUGCGAGAUUUAUGACUAAUUACAACUUAAGAAGUCACAUGAAAAAGCAUGCUCGUGCUGAGCAAAAUCAUCCCAAGCACCAGUGUAAGAUAUGUAACAAAAAAUUCCAUAGUGUACCUGGGCUAGACACCCACCAGAGAGUUGCUCACCCAGAAGAAUACCAGCCGGUCCAAAUAAAAAUAGAAUCAGAUGCCUCCUCCAGAUCAACCCCACUUACCUCAGUCGUCUACAAGCGAAUUAAGACCGAGCUGUGCGAAGAGAUUGAUGGCAGCCAGAUUUACACAGCCGAUGUCGAGCACAUCAUCGAAGAGGCUGGAACUGAGGCCAUUGCCUAUGCAGCCAAAGAGAAUCUCCUUCAGGACUGCACGGAGGCAAUAGAAACUGUUGAAGCCGUAGUCGAGGACAGCGGAGAUAUAGAACCAAGGCAGCACGUUAGCAUUAUAUAUGUCUACCCAUGCAGUGACUGUGGUACCAUGUUUACUUCUCAGGAUUUGCUCAUGACACACAUGAAGACACACAAGUGAUUUUAUAUUUUACAAAGUUUAAAAAGAUCUGGAUGAGUUCAAAAUAGAUAAUUUAUUUUGUUUGUAAAUUAUUGGAAAAGAAUAUUAAGCAAGCUAUAUGAUUUAUAUGUGAUAACUAAAGCAUUUGAACAAAUUCACUGUUUGCAUGUAUGUGGAUGCAUUAGUGAGAGAGAGAGAGAGAGAGAGAGAGAAAGAGAGAAAGAGAGAGAAAAGAAGAGAGAUUUGUUAGGGUCAUGCAUACUAGUGGGAAUGUAUACGUGCCUAUAAAUAUACAAAAAUUUGCCUGACAUGUAAUUGUUUUAUUAUGCAAGGCUUGAUUUUCCACAAUUAUUAUAUUUACCUUCAAAUGACAAAGAUAAUUAAUAAUAAGGUUCUGUGAAUGAUCUUAAGGUCUAUAAAGUGUAUAUUUUUUUUAUCUAUAUACAACUUUCCACUCUUUUUAUCAUAAUCCAAAGGAAAGAGAGAAAAAAUAGGUAUAGAACUCAAACAGUAUAUCUGUAAACUCGGCGACAGAUGUUGAAUAGUUUCAUUUUCAUUAGUUAAGUCUUCUGGCAUUGCAGCUGAUAGCCAGGCUUCAUACUUUGUCAUAAUGCUUUUGAAUAUUAGUGGUAGAUCCAUAGAAAACCAAAAGUUCCACUGGCUUCAUCUAACUCUGGGCUUACCCUUUAAGCCAGGUUUGCGGUCUAGGGAGUUAGGAGAGACAGACUCUGGGUAUCCUUUUGACCAGAUCCAAAUGUUUUUUUUUUUUACACAGCCUACGGCCAUCUAUAGUGUAGAGGAUCUCAGAAAUUUGAUGAAUAUCGUUAUGCAGUUUUAACACCAUUAAAAACAUUUUUUGAGCCAGCCUAGACAUACCAAUCCCGGUGAAAUAAUUGGUAUGUAGCAAAAACAAGAGACUUGGCAAGCUAGACCAGGGGGUUGGUCUGCCCUUAAUUAAGCAACCUUCAAAAUGUCAAAAGUUGUAAAACGCUAAUUGAUAUAUUAAUGUGAAGGGGCUACAUUUGCAUUCCAAUUCUUUCUUUCUUUAUUACUUCCCUCUUCCUUGCUGUCUUUCUUACGUAUUGUUUUUCUUUUCCCUGGUACAUUUUAAUAGUGGAACAUGAUUGCUUGUAUGAAAUUGGCAAGAUCGUUAUAAUUACUAUCUGUUAUGACAAGGAAACGACAUUAUUGUUCUAGAUGAUUUUGAUGUUUAUUUCAGUUUAAAUAGAUUGGUGUUUGACAAAGGUAAUAAGACUAAACUAAAUAGAGACAGGAUAAAGUUCAACUUAAUUUGUUCUCCCUUCUUCUCUGUGUAGUUUAGUGUUUCUUUUCCAUAUUGGAAAGUAUUAGAAUAUGGAAUUCAUAGCCAUUUGCUCCAAAGAAUUUCCGGUUAUGAAGUACUGAAUAAAGAUUUGAUAUAU